UGUGAGCUGGAAGUUAGUGAAGCAUCCCGGUCCAUCCACCACUGACGGGGAUGUAUAAGUUGCAGUCACGAAAUAUGUCUGAACAAAGUUGACAUAUGGGACUCAAAGUGGAAUCUAUAUUUGUCUCGCUUCUUGCGGCCUCGCUUUUGGUCGCACGUGAGAGCGAGCAAAUAUCUGGCGAUGACGGUGGCUGGUCAUCGGGAGGCGACAGCCUCACAGACGAGGGGCCCUGUAACAUCGAUAUCGAAGAUCAAACGACUCUUACAUACCAACAGUUUCUUCAACAAUAUGCAUACACAAAGCCCGUGAUUCUCAGAGGCAUCACAGACAACACAAGGUUCCAGUUCAUGUGUUCCAAAUACAAUCUUCUCAGAGAGUACCGUGAGAAAACAGUCAGACUGAGUACAGCGAACACAUACUCCUACAGGAAAGUGGAUGUUCCCUUUGAAGAGUUUGUUAAGUUCCUGCUGACCCCUCAGUCUGUGGAUUCUUUGGGCAGUGAAACUCUAUACUUCUUCGGAGACAACAACUUUACUGAGUGGCAUGCCUUGUUUGCUGAGUACAAUGCCCCCCCUUACACAAUCCCCUACACCAGCCCAGCAUACAGCUUUGGCAUAGCAGGUCCAGGCACAGGUGUUCCAUUUCAUUGGCACGGGCCAGGCUAUUCUGAGGUCGUUUAUGGCCGUAAGCGCUGGUUCCUGUACCCUCCGGAUAAACAGCCAGAGUUCCACCCCAAUCUCACCACCCUGACCUGGGUCAGGCAGUCCUACCCAAGCCUGGGGGUCAAAGAGAGGCCUCUGGAGUGCACCAUCCGGCCAGGGGAGGUGCUUUAUUUCCCUGACCACUGGUGGCAUGCUACACUGAAUCUGGACACCAGUGUCUUCAUCUCUACAUUCCUUGGUUAACCUCUCUCCUGUCAAAAAUGGGUCCAUGCCAAAACUUACUGAUGUGUGUGUGAACUUGUGUACAGUAUGUGUGUUGUUAUGCAGAGCUGAAUUGCAAAAUAAAUUAAUUAAAUUUUUAAUCAAU